CCAUCGCUUUUACUUCCGUGCAGGUACCUCCCUUGGGCCCCGCGGGUAACAAUAGACAGGGUAGGGCCAACGUCCCGGCUCCUCCCCAGUCAGGUACUCAGAGGGCGGAGCGCGGCGAAGGCUCCUCCCCACUCGCGUCAUCCAGACACUCCACUCCCCGGCCAGCACGAGCUGGUCCCCGCCCAACCGGCUUCCGCCGGGAAUGAAGAGCGUUGCGUUUGGCUCCGGUCCCGCGGACCCCACGCGCGUCCGUGGAGCCCUCGGGCGACUUCCGAGAGCCCCUCCCAUCGUUCUGAGCCCCGCUGAGUUCGCUUCCAUUGUCCUCUCGGCCGCGGGCUCCGGAACGCGCGAGUGAGCCCUCUGCUGAUGCCCAGGCUGCCGUUGUGUCGCUGUCACACCGUGCGUUCCCCGCCCCAUGGAGCCACCCGCUUGUGCCGAGGCGGCCGUAAAAGAUCCUGCAGCCAGAGACCAUGACCCCGUGGACGCAAAGAUCUCAGCGCCCGCCGCGGAUCCCCUACCCAGGACGUCGUCACAGAAAGAGGGGCAUUCGUUACAAGAUUGGGACACCAUAGCCACCGUGGGCACUGGAACCUUUGGCCGAGUAAACCUGGUGAAGGAGAAGACAGGCAGGCGAUACUGUGCCUUGAAGAUUAUGAGCAUCCCAGAUGUCAUCCGCCUGAAGCAGGAACAACAUGUGCAGAAUGAGAAAGCAGUCCUAAAGGAAAUAAACCACCCCUUCCUCAUUAAACUGCUUUGGACAGACCAUGACAACCGCUUCCUGUACAUGCUGAUGGAGUUCGUGCCUGGUGGUGAGCUGUUCACCUACCUGCGUAAUCGUGGCCGCUUUUCCUCAGUUGCUGCAAUCUUCUAUGCCACAGAGAUUGUGUGUGCCAUAGAAUACCUGCACUCCAAGGAAAUCGUAUACAGGGACCUGAAGCCUGAAAACAUCCUUCUGGACAGGGAAGGACAUAUCAAACUCACUGACUUCGGCUUCGCCAAGAAACUGGUGGAUAGGACAUGGACUCUCUGUGGGACACCGGAAUACCUUGCCCCAGAAGUUAUCCAGAGCAAAGGUCAUGGAAGGGCUGUGGACUGGUGGGCAUUGGGCAUCCUUAUAUUCGAGAUGCUGUCUGGGUUUCCCCCAUUUUUCGAUGACAACCCGUUUGGGAUUUACCAGAAAAUCCUUGCAUGCAAAAUAGAUUUCCCCAGACAAUUGGAUUUCACCUCUAAGUAAGUGCACUCCCAGUUUCCUGCCCUGUUCCCAUGUCUAUUUUCAAAGUUUUGUGAAAUCACACUGAAAGCACACACUCCUGGC